AUGGUCGAUGUUCUGUAUUCACUUAUGGAUGUUACUCAACGAUUUGAUCAAUUAGCAUUUAAUCCAUUUUAUAUUCGUAAUAUUAAUAUGACCUCUAUGACAAUGAAAUCAUUUUAUGAUAGUACCUACUCAAUAGACAAUCAAGUUCUUGAUAGAAUUUGUAAAAAUAUCUUACCUCGAAUUUAUGAUCAGGUGAAUGAACUCGUUGUUGAACAAUAUUCAAUGGAGCGUGUUCUUCAUACUGUCAAUUAUCCUCAACUUUAUUCGUUAACACUUAUGGAUUUUCCAGAAGAAGUACUUCUCAAUUACUUAACAAGUAAUACAAUUCUUCGCAAACUUCUUAUUGUAUUUAUUCUUUGUAACAAUUCUGUAAUGUAUAUGUGUAAUCUUUUUGAAAUUCUUUAG